GGGGGCCGCUGUGCUGCAUUGCGGGGCGGCACCGCGUCCCUGCCCGCCUCCGCCCGGCCCGGGGGGGAGCGGGGCUAUCGGGGCGGGCAACGCUGGGCCCCGGGCAGGAAUGUCCCUGCGCGCUCCGAUAAUGGUAUUUAUAGAGCGGCGCCCGGCGGCUCCGCUCCCCCCGCCCCGCUCCGCUCCCGCACCCGCCGCCCUUCGCCCUCCCGCAACCGCCGCCGCCCCGCGCAGCUGCCGGCCACACAGCUGCGGGACACCGGGACCAUGACCUCUGAGAAUGACUACGACCACCUGGAGCUGCAGCAGUCCUACAGCCAUUGGGAUGCCUCUGACGAUGAGUUGGACAAUGACAACAGCUCAGCGCGACUCUUCGAGCGCUCCCGCAUCAAAGCGCUGGCAGAUGAGAGGGAGGCGGUGCAGAAGAAGACCUUCACCAAGUGGGUGAACCUGCACUUGGCUUGUGUCACCUGCCGCAUCUCUGACCUCUACCUGGACCUCCGGGACGGCAGGAUGCUCAUCAAGCUGCUGGAGGUGCUGUCCAAAGAGAUGCUGCCCAAGCCCACCAAGGGCCGGAUGCGCAUCCACUGCCUGGAGAAUGUGGAUAAGGCCCUGCAGUUCCUGAAGGAGCAGCGGGUGCACCUGGAGAACAUGGGCUCCCAUGACAUCGUGGAUGGCAACCACCGCCUCAUCCUUGGCCUCAUCUGGACCAUCAUCCUCCGCUUCCAGGUGCAAGAUGUCAUCAAGGAGAUGAAGGAGGGUCCAGAGACACGCUCACCCAGGGACGCGCUGCUGCUCUGGUGCCAAAUGAAGACAGCAGGCUACCCCCACGUGAAUGUCACCAACUUCACCUCCAGCUGGAAGGAUGGACUGGCCUUCAACGCCCUCAUCCACAAGCACAGGCCUGAGCUGUUUGACUUCAAAACUCUGACCAAGUCCAACGCCCGGCACAACCUGGAGCAUGCCUUCAGCGUGGCCGAGCGGCACCUGGGCAUCACCCCACUCCUCGACCCUGAAGAUGUGUUCACGGAGAACCCCGAUGAGAAGUCCAUCAUCACCUACGUGGUGGCCUUCUACCACUACUUCUCCGAGAUGAAGAAACUGGAGGUGAAGGGCAGGCGGCUGGGCAAGGUCAUUGAGCACGCCAAGGAGACCAAGCGGAUGAUCGAGGGCUACGGGGGCCUGGCCUCCAACCUGCUCACCUGGAUCGAGCAGACCAUCAUCUCCCUCAACAGCCGCAGCUUCGCCAACUCGCUGGCCGGUGUGCAGCACCAGCUGCAGGCUUUCAGCACUUACCGCACGGUGGAGAAGCCCCCCAAGUUUCAGGAGAAGGGCAACCUGGAGGUGCUGCUCUUCACCAUCCAGUCUCGGAUGCGAGCCAACAACCAGCGCGUCUACACACCGCAAGAGGGGCGUCUGGUCUGUGACAUCAACCGGGCAUGGGAGCGCCUGGAGAAAGCAGAGCACGAGCGGGAGCUGGCACUGCGCAAUGAGCUCAUCCGGCAGGAGAAGCUGGAGCAGCUGGCACGGCGCUUUGACCGCAAAGCAGCCAUGAGAGAGGCCUGGCUGAGUGAGAACCAACGCCUGGUGGCACAGGAUAACUUUGGCCAUGACCUGACAGCAGUGGAGGCGGCCAAGAAGAAACAUGAGGCCAUAGAGACAGACACAGCUGCCUACAAGGAACGGGUGCAGGCCAUUGAUGCAGUGGCAAAGGAGCUGGAGAGGGAGGGCUACCAUGAUAUCAAACGCAUCAGGGGGCGUAAGGACAACAUCCUGAGGCUCUGGGAGCAGCUCCAGGAGCUGCUGCGCAGCCGGCGCCAGCGCCUUGAGAUGAACCUCACCCUGCAGCACCUCUUCCAGGAGAUGCUGCACAGCAUCAACUGGAUGGAUGAGGUCAAGGUGCAACUGGCCUCGUCUGAGUCUGGGAAGCACCUCCUUGAGGUGGAGGAGCUCCUGGAGACCCACCGGCUGCUGGAAGGUGACAUGGCCCUACAGGCAGAGAAGGUGCGGGCUGUCAGCACUGCUGCCCUGCGAUUUGCUGAUGCUGAGGGCUACCGCCCCUGUGACCCCAGAGUGAUCCGAGACCGUGUGAACCACCUGGAGAUGUGCCGGCGGGAGCUGCAGGCGCUGGCGGCGAGGCGUAAAGCCCUGCUGGAGCAGUCCCGGGCUGUAUGGCAGUGUCUGCAAGAGCUGGAUGAAGCAGAGAGCUGGAUCAAGGAACAGGAGCAGAUCUACUCGGCGCUGGACUACGGCAAAGACCUGGCAGGUGUGCUAUUGCUGCGACGCCGUCACACUGCACUGGAGGCUGAACUGGAGGCACGGGGAGCCCGGCUGAAGCAAGCACUGGUGAUGGCUGAGCAGCUUGCAGCAGCGGGGCGCGAGGCUGGGAGGCUGCGGGACCGGGCAGCUGCAGUGCGGGUACUGUGGGACCAGCUGCAGGAGCUAGUGGCUUUCCGCCGCCGUGGGCUGCGGGAGGCCGAGGGCUUCUUCCAGUUCCAGGCAGAGGCUGAAGAGCUGGCAGAGGUUCUGGCGGAGGCUCGGCAGCGAGCAGCCAGUGAGGAGCUGGGACACGAUGAAGUCCACACGCAGGCGCUGCUGCGGGAGCACCAGGAGCUGCUGGAGGAGCUGGAGGGUGCCCAGCGGCUCCUGGAGCGCUUGGGUCAGCAAGCAGAGGGCUUCCCACCUGAGCUCCGGGCUGGCCCCGAGGCGCACAACCGGCUGGCAGCGCUGCAGGAGCUGCACCACGAGGUGAGCACGCUGGCCGAGACGCGAGGCCGGCGGCUACGGGAUGCCCUCAACCUCUACACUGUUUUUGGAGAGAGUGAAGCCUGCCAGCUAUGGAUGGGCGCCAAGGAGAGGUGGCUGGAGAAGCUGGAGGUGCCCAGCACGCUGGAGGACCUGGAUGUGGUGAAGCACAGGCUGGAUGAGCUGGAGCAGAAGAUGUCUGGUGUGGCUUCUCAAGUCGAUGCUGUCAACCGCUCAGCUGACGGUCUGCUGGAGAGCGGCCACCCACGCAGCCCACAGGUCCGGCAGUGCCAGCAGCAGCUCAAUGAGAGGUGGGCCCGUUUUCGGGAGCUGGUGUCCCAGCGGCGUGCGGCAGUGGGCUCGGCGCUCAACCUGCUCAGCUUCCAACUGGAGUGCGAGGAGACGCGUGCUUGGCUGCUCAGCAAGACACGGGUGGUGGAGUCCACGAGGGAGCUCGGCCGUGACCUGGCUGGUGUCCUGGCCACCCAGCGCAAGCUGUAUGGCAUAGAACGUGAGCUGGCAGAGGCCGAGAGCCGCCUGGCUGCCUUGCGUCCUCAAGCCGCCCUCCUGGCCCAGGAGCACCCUGAGCUGGCCGAGGACACGGCAGGGCGUCUGGCGGGGGCACAGGAUGCCAUGGAUGGGCUGCAGGGUGCCCUGCAGGACCGAGCGGCUGCGCUGGGAGAAGUGGGGCAGCUGCAGAGCUUCCUGCAGGACAUGGAUGACUUCCAAGCGUGGCUCUUUAGGGCACAGAAAGCCGUGGCAGCCACUGAAGAGGUGCCAGUUUCAGUGGGUGAGGCAGAAGAGCUGCUGCGGAAGCAUGAGGCUGCCCGUGAGGAUGCCGAGGGGCACACAGCUGCCUUCACGGUGCUGCUGGAGGCAGGAGAGAAGGUGACAAGCAACCAGGAGGACCCCGAGUAUGAGCAGCUAAGGGAGCGACUACGGGGUGUGGAGGCAGGAUGGGGUGCCCUGCACAAGAUGUGGGAUGCCCGGCAGCGCUUCCUUGUCCAGUGCUUGGGCUUCCAGGAGUUCCUGCGCGAUGCCAGACAAGCUGAGAUCCUCCUCGCCAACCAGGAGUACACACUGGCCCACCUGGAGCUCCCCCCCACGCUGGAGGGUUCCACAGCUGCCCUGCGCCGCUUUGAGGAUUUCCGUGCCUCCAUGGAGAGCAGCGCUGAGAAAGUCCCCAGUGUGGUGACUGCUGGCUCCAAGCUCGUGGCAGAGGGCAACAUCUUCUCUGAGAAGAUCAGCGAGAAGAUCCAGGCCCUGCAGGAGCGGCACCAGGUGAAUGUGGCCAAGGCGCAGGAGGCAGCAGGCUUGCUGCAGGACAACCACAAGCUGCAGAGCUUCCUGCAGAGCUGCCAGGAGCUCGCUGCUUGGGUGGAUGAAAAGAUGCUGACAGUGCAGGAUGCAUCCUAUGGAGGUGCACGUGGUCUGCAUGGCAAGUGGCAGAAGCACCAAGCCUUUAUGGCAGAGCUGGCAGCCAACGAGGCAUGGCUGGAGAAGAUCAAAGCAGAGGGCAUGGAGCUGGUGAGCUGCAAACCGCAGUACGGUGCAGUGGUGGGCCGGAGGCUAGACGAGCUGCAGGCACUGUGGGAUGGGCUGCACGGCGCUGCCAAAGAGAAGGGCCAGCAGCUCUUUGAGGCCAACCGCACUGAGCUGUACGCCCAGAGCUACAGUGACCUGGAGCGCUGGCUGGGGCAGGCAGAGAGCGAGCUGCGCACCACGGAGCGUGCCAAGGACCUCACCGGGGCCAACCUGCUGCUCAAGAAGCUGACGCGGCUGGAGGAGCAGGUGGCAGCACGACAGGAGGAACUGACGGAGCUGAAAGCACCACUUGCUGGGGUGGCACCAGAGCCCGAUGGGCAGGAGGAGAAGCUCCAGCAGCGAUUCCUUGACCUGAUGGAACCACUGGGGAAGAAGAGGAAGGAGCUGGAAACUUCCAAGGCAAUGUACCAGCUGGGGAGGGACCUGGAGGAUGAGAUGUUAUGGGUGCAGGAGAGGAUGCCAUGGGCCAGGUCAACUGAGCACGGCACCGACCUGCAGAGUGUGCAACGUCUGGCCAAGAGGAAUGAGACCCUACAGAAGGAGCUGCAGGGCCAUGCCCCCCGCCUGGCUGAGGUGCUGGAACGUGGGGAGGCAGCUGCUGAGGGACCCUGCCCGGAGCUGGCAGAGAGAGCACAGGUGCUGCGGGCGCAGUGGGAGGCACUGAGGGAAGAAGUGGCUGCACGGCAGAAGAGGCUGCAGGAGGCCAGUGAGGCACAACAGUACUACCUGGAUGCUGGUGAGGCUGAGGCGUGGGUCAGUGAGCAGGAGCUCUUCAUGGGAGAUGAGGAGAAGCCGAAGGACGAAGAAAGUGGUUUGGUGAUGCUGAAGAGACACGUGAGGCAGCAGCGCUCCAUCGAGGAUUAUGGGCAAACCAUCAAGGAGCUGGCAGGGAGGGCUCAGCAGCUGCUCUCUGCUGGCCACCCUGAGGGGGAGCAGAUCAUCCGGCUGCAGGGCCAGGUGGACAAGUAUUACGCGGGGCUGAAGGAGGCGGCAGAGGAGCGCCGGCGGCGCUUGGAGAACAUGUGCCACCUCUUCCAGCUGAAGCGCGAGGUGGAGGACCUGGAGCAGUGGAUUGCUGAGCGUGAUGUGGCAGCCUCCUCCCAGGAGCUGGGGCAGGACCUGGACCAUGUCACGAUGCUGAGGGAUAAGUUUCGGGAGUUUGCACGGGAAACAGGCAGCAUAGGGCAGGAACGUGUGGACCAGGUCAACCUGACCAUUGAGGACCUCAUCGAUGCGGGCCAUGCCGAGGCUGCCACAAUUGCAGAGUGGAAGGAUGGUCUCAAUGAGGCCUGGGCUGAUCUCCUGGAGCUCAUUGACACACGCAUGCAAUUGCUGGCCGCCUCCUAUGACCUGCACAAGUACUUCUAUGAUGGCUCUGAGCUGCUGGCCCUCAUUGCUGCCCGUCACCAGGAGCUGCCCCAGGACCUGGGCGAAGACUCGGGUUCAGUGGAGACUUUCCACCGCAUGCACAGCGCCUUCGAGCGUGGCCUCCAGAUGCUGGAGGGGCAGGUGCAGCAGUAUCGAGAGGUUGCAGCUCGUCUGCAAACUGCCUAUGCCGGGGAGAAGGCAGUCAGCAUCCAGCAGCAGGAGCAGGAGGUGACACGGGCACUGCAGGCACUGCUGGAAGCAUGCAGCGGGCGCAGGGCACAGCUGGUGGACACAGCCGACAAGUUCCGCUUCUUCAGCAUGGCCCAUGACCUGCUGUCCUGGAUGGAGAGCACCGUGCGGCAGAUCCAGACGCAGGAGAAACCCAGGGAUGUUUCCUCAGUGGAGCUGCUCAUGGAGUACCACCAAGGCAUCCGUGCCGAGAUAGAUGCCCGCGACAAGAGCUUUGCUGCCUGCAUUGAACUAGGCAAGAAGCUGCUGCAACGCAAGCACCGGGAGUCACCUGAGAUUAAGGCAAAGCUGAUGGAGCUGCUGGACAAGAGGAAGGCCAUGAUGGAGAUGUGGCAGCAUCGCUGGGACCGGCUGCGGCUGCUGCUGGAGGUGUGUCAGUUCUCCCGGGAUGCCUCAGUGGCCGAGUCGUGGCUGAUAGCACAGGAGCCAUACCUGGCCAGCAGCGACUACGGGCAGACGGUGGAUGCGGUGGAGAAGUUAUUGAAGCGGCACGAAGCCUUUGAGAAGUCCACAGCCACGUGGGAGGAGCGUAUUGCUGCCCUGAGGAAGCUGACGACGCUGGAGCUCAUGGGUGGGAGGACGCUGCGGGAGGAGGACGUGGUGCAUGAUGCUGCUCCCGAGCAUCAUCUGGAUCUGGAUGCAGAGCUGGAGGCAGGGUCUGAGGAGGAGGAGGAGAAGAGGAAGGAGGUGAUCUCUCAGGAAGCCUCUCCACCUGCUGUGGAUGGACCCCAGCCGCUGACAGUGCCCGAGGAGGAGCCCAUAGCACCGCGGGAGGAGGUGGCCACGUUGCCCGCCCAACCUACCCACAUUCAGCUGGAGGGCUACCUGGGCCGCAAGCACGACCUGGAGGCAGCCACCAAGCGUGCAUCCAACAGGUCGUGGAGCACACGGUACUGCGUGCUGCAGGGUGAGGAGCUCGCCUUCUUCAAGGACGCCAAGAGCCGGGCACUGGGGGUGCCCUGCCAGGGUGAGGAGCCCCUGGGGCUGCGCAACGCACGCUGCCAGGUGGCUGCUGGCUAUAAGAAGAAGAAGCACGUCUUUGUGCUCAGGUAUGGCACAGCGAGGUUAUGGCGUGGUUAUGGCACGAUACAGCGUGGUUAUGGCAUGGCACUGCAUGGUUAUGGUGAUAUACAGCAUGGUUGUGGCUCUAUAUGGCAUGGUUGUGUCAUGGCAUGGCAUCGUUGCGGCGUGCCACAGGGUGGCAGAUGUCUCACCAACAGCUGUGCUCUGCCCCCAGGCUCAGCAAUGGCAGCGAGUGGCUCUUCCAUGGCAAGGAUGAGGAGGAGAUGCAGACGUGGCUGCAGGGGCUGCACGUGGCCAUCACCUCCUGUCAGAACCUGCCGGCCAAGGCUCGCAGCCUGCCCCCUCCCCACGCGCCCCCUGAGCCUCGUCGGGACAAGGAGAAGCGCUUCAGCUUCUUCCCCAAGAAGAAAUAACAAGGGGGGGGGGGGAGGGUGGCAGCCUGGCACGUACGCGAGUGCGCACGUGUAUAUAUAUAUAUAUUUAUAGAUAUUUAUAUUUAUAUAUAUACACACACAUCUCCAUGCUUCAGGGCAUGCACGCGCCUCGGCGGAGGCGCACGCAUAGAUACGCACACAUGUGUGCUCACGUCCCCCACCUCCCCCCCAUCUGGGGAACACACCUGCGUGCGUGUGUUUGCACUCGCGUGGCCCCGCAUGCAUGCAUGUGCAUCCACCCCACGUGGGCACAUCCUGGCCCCCCACCCUCUUUUCUAAGCCAUAAGCCCCCCCCAGCCCCCCACCAGCGUGCCCUCAGCCCCAUGGGCACCAACCAAAGAGCACGAAGAGCACGACCUCCCCAAACGCUUGGCCCCUUGCUGUGGGUGGGGGGCACCACUCGUCUCUGGGGGGAGCGCGCGGGCAGGGAGAACUUUGGGUUUGGUUUGGGUUUUCUUUUGUAAUAAAGAUGUCAAAGCAAAGUGGACCUGGGGCUGUGCAAUGUGA